UAAAUUUUGUGUAUUCUUUAGACUGUUUUUUGAGCAAUUAGUAUUAGAUGUGUGUGUGCGACUUCUGUUAUUAAUUUUUUGAUUUCGCAUUAGGCUUAACGUACUACGAAAUUAGGAAUUGUUACAGCAAAACAAUCUUAGCUAUUUUUUAAUUUCAAAUAUGAAUACCAAACUUUCCUUUUUGUUAGGUGUAAAAUAUUCUUCAUACUCUUUACGCACCUGGGGAUAUUUCCGUAUCAUUGUUAAGACUUGCGAUUAUUUUGUCGCAAUCCACGAUGCCGAAACAUCUUUUUAAAACUACUGAUAUACAUUAGAAUAUUUUAAUGCUGGGUGUUUCUACUCAGCACCAACUACAAUUGAAAUGAGGGGGAUCGUGAUCUGUGGUAAAAUAAUUGCCAAAUCUUAGCAACUUCCUGGCAGCGAGCCACGAGGAACUGAAGAAAAACAUUACAGUAUUACUGAAAUCUAUGAGUUAUACAGGGGUAUAACUCAUAGCCACCCCCAUGCAAACAUCUAUCAUUUUGUUUGUUUUUUUAAAUUUCCGUUUAAAAUUAAUUUAGCGCCUUGUCAAUUGCACUUGUUGUGGCAGAUCACGAUUCCGAAAUAUCUCCGACAUCUUCUUAAUAUUGUAUGUACACACGAAACUUUUCCAGAGAUGAUUUCCAGAAGUUUCAAGAAAUUAUUGAUCACAUUUAUGAUUCUCACCAAGCUAUAUCUGAAGCUAUAAAUUAUUUAGGAAUUAACCUUCUUAAAGAACUCUCGAAAGAAAUUGGAAAUGUCUUCUUUUCUCCAUUUAGUAUAUCAAGUGCUCUUGCAAUGGGAUUUAUUGGAUCCAGUCAUGAAACAGCUGAGGAGAUGACUACUGUUCUUGGAUAUGAAGUAGCUAAAGUAGAGUCUGGAGAUGUCAAAACUAGCUUUCACCAUCUAUUUUCUGAAAUAAAUAAAACAUCCAACCUGUGCACAUUGAAUGUUGCAAAUGUGGUGUUUGGGGAUUGUAAUCUUUCAGUUCAAGAGGAUUUUAAAAAAUCACUAAGAGAUUUCUUCCAUGCACUAUUUGUAGAUGUUGAUUUUAUGAAUGAUUCUGCAGCAGCUGUGAAGAAAGCUAACGACUGGAUUAAAACUAAGACAGAAAAUAAGAUUUCACAUUUACUUGACUCUUUGGAUUCUGACACUAAAUUGGUAAUUUUAAAUGCUGUCUACUUUAGAGGGUUUUGGUUGCAUGCCUUUAAAGAAAAAUCCACUUUUUUACAGCAUUUUUAUAAUAAGGGUUUAGAUGAUGAACCUAAGCUCGUUGAAAUGAUGCACUUAAAAGAGAAGUUUUUUUAUGCUAACGAUAAUUCAUUCAAAGCUCUCAAAUUGCCCUAUAAAGGUGAAAACUUAGCAAUGUUAUUGUUGCUGCCAAAUUCACGAAAUGGAGUUGAUAAAUUAGAACAACAAAUAACGACUGAGUUCUUGAGACAUGUGAAUGAAACCUUGUGUGAAACUGAAGUUAAAGUGGCUUUACCAAAACUUCAUUUGGAGUACUCAAAAUCCUUGAAAAACGCUUUAAAAAAUUUAGGUUUGAGACGAGCAUUUGAAGCAGGUGCUCACUUUGAUCAAAUGUGUGACAAAGAAAACCUUUAUGUGUCUGAUGUAAUUCACAAAGCAGUUCUAGAAGUAAAUGAAGAGGGAACUGAAGUUGCUGCAUCAACUGCUGUAAUGAUGAAUAAGUAUAGUAGAACUCAUUGUGCUGAGUUCAUUAUUGACCACCCCUUUGUAUUUUUAAUUUAUAAUUGUAAGAACGACCUAAUCCUUUUUAUGGGAAAAGUUGUUGAGCUUUAGUUUUAGGUUUAUGUUGGUCAGAGAAAUAUUUAAUCUUGAGCUUUUCUUAGUUUUGACAUAUAAUUCUUCAUUUAAUUCAUAAAAUGUAAUUCUUAUUAGUAAAUUCAAAAUCUAAUUCUUAAAGAGUAUAAAUCUGUUUAAAAUUAAUUGAGAAAAGAUCCUUGACUAGUUUUUUCAUUUGAAAGGACAAAUAUUUUUUGUUAUAGACAAAUUGUUUGUUAUAGAUCUAAAUAUCUCUGCUUCACUUCCAAAAUUUUUUUCCUUGUUUGAAGGUAAAAAUAAUAGAAGUGCCGAUGUUAAGCUUGUAGUUAAAUGUCAGAGAAACAUUAUAUAAAUGGUCAGGAAAAGUUUAUCUUCUACUGUUAAAAAAUACAGGGUUAUUCUACAGUUCUAAAAUAUUGAUCUUUUUUAAAUUUUGAGUUCCCAAUUUUUGUAAUUUGUUUCUGUAUCAUUAUUAGUUUACAGCACCUUUGCCUGAGUAUGUUUAGCCAGUGCAGUGGUUUUACCCAAAAUUUUAGUCAAAUGUUUUGAAACAAUUAAAUGUGAUCUAUUGUUAAUGAUUUUAAUUACUUCUUAAUACCUUCCUGAUAUUCUAUCAAUGAGCUCCAAUGCUUUCUGUUUUUAAAGAAACGAUAGAACGAUUGGUGAUCAAGUAUUUUUUAUUCUUAAUUUUAUGUUUGAAUGUAUUUUAUGUUGACUUUUUUUUUAAGACAAUCUUGAAAGUAUGUUUAAUGUAAUUUACGUCUAUAUAUGUGUCGCGUAUAUUUUUGUUACAUUAAAUUCUUGCCAUUUUAUAGUGAAGUGGUAGAAAAAAUGUCAGAAUCUUGCCAAAAAAAUUCUUUCAGGUUAAAGUUUAAUAUUAAGAAGCUGUUUGUUCUCAUAAUUUAAUCUAAGUUUUAUUAAUCAGUAUUUCAUAUUGUUAAUUUAUUUUUUAAAAUUUAUUUAUUACAGAUUCAGUUGUGUUUUUUAAGCUAUUUAUAAAGGCAUUUAUUAAGAUGAAUCAUGCAUCUUAAUCACUAUAAUUUCUUAUUUUAUAUUAAAAUAUUACAUAAAAUUUUUAAGAUUCCCUAUAUUGAAAAGUUUUAACAAAAGAGAAGAAUAUUUUGAUAUCUAGUAAAAACAUUAUCAAAAAGGAAAUGUCACUAGUUAAUUAUUAGUAGUUACUAAUUAAUUAAUAAAAUAGUUAUUCAUUAGUAACAUAUAUAUUUGAAAUCUUUGUAUUUUAAAUUAUGUCUUUAAAGGCUCUUUAAUCCUGUUAUUUACUUUCUUAAAAAUCCCCUUUUUUUGUUUGUAAAUAUUGGCAGUUCUGAUGUCUUGUCUGUUUUUUCUCAUUUCAAAUCUUUUUCUUUCAUGAUACUUGUCUCACUCUUAUUUAUUUUCUAUUUGCAUAAAAAUAGCUAUGUGUGGAAUUAAAUCAUUUAUUAGGACUGCCACGGUUCAGAGAGAGCAGGAAAAACUUGGAAUUGUCAGGGAAUUUCAUUUUAGCUCUAAAAAGCAUUGGAUAUUCAGGGAUAAAUGCAAUUUUUUACUAUUAACCUAGGAAAUUCCUAUAUCAUUCCUGGAAAAUAACCAGUCUUGGAAUUAUCAGUGACGAUAAGAAGUCAUUAUGUUUUGAGUUAAUAAUUCUAGCAUCAAAUACAAUUAUUUUAUAAAAUUCCUUUUUAAGUUAAGUUUUCUAAAGAAAAAUUGUGUGGACUAUAUAAAAUAUAGUAUGGAUUUUUAUUGAAAUUUAUCUGAUGUACCUGGAAAAGUCAGGGAAUUUUUUUUUCUAAAAUUGAGUGAAACCCUAUUUAAUUAGUGCUACCAUUUCAAUAAUUAAUGGGUCCCGCAGUGGACUGAUCGUUCCAAGAUCACCGAAGUCAAGCAUCACUGGCUGCGGUCAGUGUGCGGGUGGGUGACCACUUGGAUCAGUCUGCGUAGGGACCGAGGGUGUGCGGUAUUGGUCCUCGUUAAACUGUGCUACCGUAAAGUGCUAGACUUCGCGCGCGUGUCGUCGGGCUACCGAAAUGGGGGUGCCAUCCCAUCCACAGAGGAUCAAAAUUGUGAUGGCAUGUCUGCGGAUCAUUUCUCCGGGAUGUUCCCCAGACCGUUGCCAAUAGCCCAUUGUGCAGCUCUAGUGCGACGUAAAUUAACAACAACAAAUUAGUAAUUAAUGGACAUCUCUACACUUAUGUGAAAAAAAUCAGUGUGUGAUCUGCAUAAGGCUAGUCACCACUGUAUAUGUAAUACUUAAUAUAUUUAUUGAUUGACCUUUUUUUAUGUUGCUUUGUUUGUGUGAAUUUAAUUAAAGCAUUAAAUUUAGAAAAUUACUUUAGAUGUAAGAUUAAGUAAAUAUAACACAAGAUGCAAUUUAGAAAUAUAAUAUUAAGUGUGCUUUGCACUCUGCUGGCUUUGUGGAAAUUGUGGAUUUCCAUUUACUUUGUAAUUGUAUGAUGACUAUAAUACAUGUAUUUAAAAAAUGAGAAAAUUUUAUCUUUUAGAUUUUAUACCAAUUUUCCUGGAAUAUUAUGUUAGAGAAACUGCUCUAGAAGUAUUUGUUUUGGGUGAAAUUUGGUUUUAGAAUUUUCAACAAUAUUAACAAAGAAUUUCUAAAUUCUUUGCUAACUGUUGUAGAUUACAUUCUUAAAAAAUAUAUUAUUUUUGACACCCUGAGAAAGUUAUUACUCUUGUGGUAAUUUAGAUUUUCAAAGAAUUCGUGGAAAUGAAAACAAGAAUUUAUACAGUCUGUUAAAGAUCAGUAUUUAAGUACAGUUCAGAAAUUUUCUUUAUUGCUCUUAAAAUGUAAUUUAGGUUUAACCUUGUAUUUUGAUUGAAAUUAGUUAGAAGCUACCUAAAUAGUUAAUAGUAGGAAGCUUUGUAUGCUGUGAUAAUUACCGGUAAUCAAUUUUUUCUUUGUUUUGCCAAAUUUGAAUUGUUUCAAUUUUAGUUAAUUGUAUUUUAACUUCUUUUAAAUUGAAUAUUCCAUUUGCUAUUUCCAAAUGUUCCAAAAUUAAAGCACUAAGCAUGUAAAAAGUUAUUUUCCUAAAAGAUUUCAAAACUGUGAUAUAAUUAUUUAGAUGUUAUUUUUUAUAUUUAUGAAUUAUUUGUUCUUUAACGCUGAUAUUUAUUUACCAUGUACAUUGAUAGGUAAUUGCUAUUUACAAAAUGUUUUUAUUCAGAUUUAUAAAAGAUUACUAUUUUUAAA